ACUGGCUCCACCAAUUUCAAGCUGUCUAAAGACCAGUUGGGUCCUGACGAUCUUGUAGCCUGGACAGAAAACGGCAAGAUCCUUGAGUUUUUAACUAUGACCACAUACAAGCUGCAUUACUUCGAUGCCGAAGGCCUGGGCGAGUUACCUCGGCUCCUGCUUGCUGCCGCUCAUCAGGAAUAUGAAGACAUUCGCUACCAAAGAGGCGCAGAAUGGCAGGAGGCAAAAAAGAGAAUGCCUCAUGGAACUGUUCCCGUCUUAGAAGUCAUUGGUGAUGAUGGAGUGCUGAUGCUCUCACAGAGCUUCGCCAUUGCUAAAUUCCUAGCUCGAACAUUUCGAUUCAAUGGUAAAGAUUCCAAGGAAGAAGCAAGAAUCGAUGAAGUCAUUGAACAAACUAGGGACUUGGCGAUGGAUUUGAUAAUGAUGCGCCUCGAAAGAGACGAAGGAAAAAAGGCUGAUUUGGCAAAAGGCUUUCAAUCCAAGCUGCCCACUCUGCUGGGAAAAUUAGAAGGGGCGCUCAAGGCUAACAAUGGUGGGACAGGCUUCAUCGUGGGAACUGGGAUCACAUUGGCUGACAUCCACGUGUAUCAGUUUCUUUGUGACUGGGUUCCCCACCAGCCGCCUGCCGAGCUACCACCGUUACUAAAAGACCUCCUCGGUCGCGUUGAGGAAAAUCCUGGCAUCAGAGAUUGGCUCGCAAAGAGACAAAAAGCAAAAAAAUAACACUCUCUGGACUCUCAUGACACAGCUGCUUUGAAUCCAAGGUGUAAAAGGAAAUUCUACCCCCUGGUGAAAAGUUAUACUUCAUCCAUCUGGGAAAAUGGGCAGGGGGACAAUUUCCGCCGGUACAUGAAUUCCUGUAACAUUAUC